AUGAUAACGCACGCACCAACGACACACAUGACACACACAGCAGCGGGCGCCACUCCACACGUGAUCAUGCCAGCGUACGCGGAUCUACAACUAUGUAAACUCCAAAACCGACCGCUUGGGGAGAAGGACGGGUCCGCAAGCCGCGCGCUGGCUUCUCUGACGAUGAGCUAGACCUAGACAACAACAAAGAUUUCUAGAACAACAGUAACGCGGAGUUGGACAGAGCGUUUUCCUAGUUAAAGAGUUUAGUGGUAUUGGUCGGUUGAGGCCUACGGGUGCAAAGCAUCGUGACUGUUGGGAUUGAUGCACCGGAGUGAGGAGUGUUCGGCGUUGUUAGGUUGGUUGCUUUAGUUGGUUCCGCGUAUAUAUUGCUGCUUUAAACAUGCGUAUUUUGGGUCACCGGACAAAAAAACAAGAAACUGUUACAGUACUAUGUUUCGAUCGCCGAAGGCCUCGUUGUCACAAGCUAAUCA